AUGUCAAGUUGUAAAGUAAUUUGUGAAUGUAUUGAUUGUAUUGAAAAAAGCUCUCAAGGCAAAACUGUUGCAUUAAAAACUUAUAAAAAACAUUUAAAAAAAUAUCAAAUUGAACAUGAAAUCAAUAUACGAUUGGGUGCAACUUCAUUGGAAACUAAAACUAAAAAAACAAAAUAUAAUUCUCCAAUUCAAGAAUUAAUUACAACAUCAUCAGAUUUUGAAAGCUUGCAAGAAUCAAUUGAAUUUGAUUCUGUAUCAAUAGCAACUUCUUCAAGCCUCGAAUCAGAUACUGAAUUAUCAGAAUUGGAAACUUAUUUGCUUUCAGAAUCUGAAAUUGAAAGUAAAAAAUCUGAUUCAGAUUGGGAAAAUAUCGAUCGACUUCGUAUUCAACUUAAAGAUCCUAAUCGAGCUAAAACAAUGUUAUAUCGGUCAACUUAUCAAUUUCAAGAACAAAGUUUAAAUGACAUUUAUGAUGGAGAACUUUACAAAAAUCUAUUACACGAAGAAUUUUUUAUUGGGGAUCAUGAUAUUUGUUUGAUUGGAUCAUGUGAUGGAUAUCAAAUUUUCAAGCAAAAACGAGAUGAUUGUUGGGUUGUUCUUUUUAUUAAUGGAAAUCUUCCUCCUUUGGAACGAGUAAAACAAGAAAAUCUAAUGGUAGGAGCAAUAAUUCCUGGACCUAAUGCUCCUAAGAAUAUGAACAAAUAUCUUGAUGAUAUAUUAACAAUUGAAUCAUUAUCAGGAAGUAAUCAAGAUAAUCAAAUACAAAUGCGAGGAGUUACUCCAGCUAUGUACAAACAUUGGAGUGGAACCUUUUUUUCCAAAACACAUCAAGACCUAAAUACCGAUCCUUGUUAUUAUUUGAAAAAUUCUAUUUGGAAAACAGUAAGUUUAGAGUUGUUUAAAAACUCAAAAAAAAUGCCAAGAGAUUUUGGUCGUGUACCUGUAGCCAUACACCAUCACAAAGGUUACAAAGCUGAAGAAUGGAUGAAUUGGACAAUAUUGUAUUCUAUACCUUUGUUAAAAAAUUAUCUACCAUCAUCGAUGGGCAUCAUACGUUUUAGCUGUUCAAAAAUGUUGUCAAAAAACAAUAACAUUUCAAGAUAUAACUGA